AUGCCCCCUCUCCGAGCGCACACCAAAUCCCGCAACGGGUGCGACCAAUGCAGAGCAAGGCGGGUCAAAUGUGACGAGCAGGGUCCACCAUGCACCAAUUGCACAAAUCGCGGACUAGACUGUACUUACUUGAAAGUCGCCGCUCGCUCAAAUCGCACUCCACCGUCCAAACCUGAACGGUCGCACGGCCGUUCAGCAACCGGACCCCCACAAGCCAAUUCAUUCGGCAUCGACAAUCUCGAGUUAAUGCACAAGUUCGCCACAGACACCUAUGAGAGCUUGUGCGUCAGCGACUCCGAGACCCAGAUUUGGCAAAUCACCAUCCCCCAAUUGGCGCUCAAACAUGAUUAUCUCAUGAAUGGCAUCCUGGCCCUGGCGUCCAUGCACAUUGCCACGUCGGCAGAGCCCACAGAUGCCCCGCUGUACCACGAUGCCGGACUGCAGUACUACAAUCGCAGUUUGACGCCGUUCCGCAACGCCAUCGACAGCAUCACGCCGCAGAAUUGCAAUGCGGUCUUCGCUCACUCCAUUGUCAUGAUUGCCAUCACUAUCGCGUCUCCGCGCCUGACUGCCACCAAGGACGAUGGCACCAGCAUCACGGAGAACAUUGUGAUUCUCUUCGAGCUGCUGCAGGGUGUGCGGAAGAUCAUGAUGGUCAGCCAUUCAUGGAUCAAGCUGGAACUCUUUUCCAAAGGCGAGUUCUGGAAGAAGACGCCCGAGGAGCUGGACCCGGAUACCGGGUCUGCAUUGGCGCAUCUGGCGGCGUUGAACGACGAGGUCAUGAUUGGGAUCUACUCGGAGCAGCACCGCAUCAACCGCGAGGUAAUUUCGCAUCUACGGCAUUGUUAUUCGAAAUUCGCGCGCUCGGCGGACCCCGCGCCCGUUCUGGCUUGGUUGGCGCGCGUAGAGAAGGAAUUCGUCGAUAGCUUGCGAUGUCGACAGCCUUUCUCGCUGCUCAUCCUCACGUAUUGGGGAGUUUUGUUGACGGAGUUGGACGGGAAGCGGUGGUGGGCUAAGAAUUCCGGCCGCGCGCUGGUCACUGAGUUGCUUGACGCUUUGCGAUCGGGGGAUCCACGGUGGGAUCGGGCACUCUCCUGGGUGCAUUUAAAAAUGUCUCGAUGA